AUGAGCGACCCGGACUCGCCCCCUGUCGAGGUCGACACGGUCCUCCCGCCUUGGAUCUGGCUCACUCUGUGCUCCCUCUCGCUCGUCUGCCUCGUCUUUGUCUCGUUCCGCCGCGCAAAGAGCCUCGAACUGUACGAGCGCGCAACCACCUAUCUACGCCGCAAGCUCCCCUUUGCCGCACCGCCUCGCGCCAUCCACCUCUCUGAGCACGACCUCGAGGCCGCCACCCGCUCGCCAUCCUCACGCCCUCGCGCUCGCCGGUCCCGCGCCUCGCAAGACGACCUCUCGGAUCUCUCGACCGGCGACGACGACGACGACGACGACGAUGACGACGACCUCCCCCCGCGCUCUACGCGCUCGCCCCUCCUCGCGUCGAGUCCGACCCAGGCCGGCAGCCCGUUCCCCACGCGUCGCGCUUACGCCCUUGACACGCGCCCGGCCCUCUCGCUCGCCUCGUCGGCCCUCUCGGCGCUGCAGCGUACCGCGGGCUCGGCGUCCGACGCGCUCGGGUGGGGCAGCGAGCGCGGCAUGCGCGCGCUCAGGGGCGACGGCGAGCGCAGCGACGGGAUCGCGAGGGCGUUUUGGGGCGUCCGCAAGGGCGACAGGGCGGGCGGGAUCCGGCUCGGCGGGGCGGGAGGCGCGACCCCGGCGGGCGGAGCGAGUCGGUGGGAGGACGAGGAGGUCGAGGCUGGGCGAGGGACGGAGGUGCGCGAGGGCGCGAGGGGCAGCCGAGGAGCGGGCCACUCGAAGACGGCGUCGGGCUCGUCCGCCGCGCUCUUUGACCUCGGCGACGAUGGCGACCCGGGCGACGCCGUCGAGCUGCCGCACGAGUUCAGCUUGUCGUCACGAGGAACGGCGCCGCACUGAGCGUCGUUGUAGCUCGCCCUGUACAACUCUCCUCGUCCGUC